GAGGGGGUGUGGAUCCGGGGCCUCUUCCUGGAGGGGGCCGGGUGGGACAAGAAGAACUCGUGCCUGGUGGAGGCGGAGCCCAUGCAGCUGGUCUGCCCCAUACCCACCAUCCACUUCAAGCCCGUGGAGAACAAGAAGAAGAGCGGCAAAGGCAUCUACUCCUGCCCUUGCUACUACUACCCCAACCGGGCGGGCACCUCCGGCCGCCCCUCCUUCGUCAUCGGCGUGGACCUGCGCUCCGGAGCCAUGACCCCCGACCACUGGAUCAAGAGGGGCACCGCCUUGCUGAUGAGCCUGGACACCUGAAG